UUUCCACAAGUUCAUCAAACAACCGCAGUAAGAAUAUUUCAUCAAGCACGGUGAGUAAUGGCUUCUCCUACAAUUGUUAUUUGCACCUCUUGCCACAUGUACAGUUUAUCUAUCUCUGUCGCUGAUGAGGGAUUCACAUGUGAUAAAUGCAGGGAAACAGUUAGGCUGACAGAGAAGAUUUCAGAAUUAGAGACACGCAUCCAAACUUUAAUUGAGGACAGUAAGAACGUUAGGGCUCUAGAUACGGCUUUAGAUCCGUCUAGCUCAGGGACUCCUGUACAUUGUCCGGUUCCAGCAGAGCCCCUGCAGCAGGGCAACUGGGUGACGGUGAGGCAGCGUAGUCGUGGGUCAAAACACCGCUCUUCUGUUCCGAUCAAAACAUUAAACAGGUUCUCCCCACUCAGUGAUGCACCCACUGAGAAACCUGAUGAAAGUGCUCUAGUUAUUGGCGAUUCUAUUGUACGGAACGUGAAUAUAGAGACACCAGCCACCAUAGUCAAAUGUUUACCGGGAGCCAGAGCGCCUGACAUCUUGGCAAAUUUAAAAGUGCUGGCUAAUGCUAAACGUAAAUACAGUAAGAUUGUUAUUCAUGCCGGCGCUAAUGAUGUUCGACUUCGCCAGUCGGAGAUCACUAAAAAUAACUUUAAAGAGGUGUGUGAACUUGCAAGCACGAUGUCAGACACUGUAAUAUGCUCUGGUCCCCUCCCUGCUUACCGUGGUGACGAGAUGCAUAGCAGAUUGUCAUCACUCAAUGGCUGGAUGUCUAAGUGGUGCCCACAGAAUAACAUAGGUUAUAUAGACAAUUGGACGAGCUUUUGGGGCAGACCUGACCUGUUUAAAAGAGAUGGUCUUCAUCCCUCCUGGGGUGGCGCCACUCUUCUGUCUAGAAAUAUGGCAAAUAGUCUUAGUGUUUAUACUUGACUAACUGGGGCCCAGGUCAGGAAGCAGACAGACUGGCUAAACCGACCGUCUGCUAGCUGCCUCCCGUCACAGAGGUCAGUUAAUUCUCAGCACAUAGAGACUCUUUCACCUAGAUAUCACACUAUAGAGACUGUGUCUGUUCCACGAACUAGAAAAUACAAAAAACGUCCAAACCAAGUUAAGGUUAACAAUUUAAUUGAGGUUCAACAAAUAAAAAACAAAUGCAAUAUGGAUAAACAAAUGAUAAAGAUUGGCUUAUUGAAUAUCAGAUCCAUUUCUACGAAAACACUUUUUGUAAAUAAUAUGAUAACUGAUCAUAAUAUAGAUGUGCUCUGCUUGACAGAAACCUGGCUAAAACCUGAUGAUUACAUUAUUUUAAAUGAGUCCACCCCCCAAGAUUAUUGUUAUAAACACGAGCCGCGUCUAAAAGGCAAAGGGGGAUGAGUUGCUUCAAUUUAUAAUAACGUUUUCAGGAUUUCUCAGAGGGCAGGCUUCAAGUAUAACUCGUUUGAAGUAAUGGUGCUUCAUAUAACAUUAUCCAGAGAAACCAAUGUUAAUGAUAAAUCCCCUGUUAUGUUUGUACUGGCUACUGUAUACAGGCCACCAGGGCACCAUACAGACUUUAUUAAAGAGUUUGGUGAUUUUACUUCUGAGUUAGUUCUGGCUGCAGAUAAAGUCUUAAUAGUUGGUGAUUUUAAUAUCCAUGUCGAUAAUGAAAAAGAUGCAUUGGGAUCAGCAUUUAUAGACAUUCUGAACUCUAUUGGUGUUAGACAACACGUUUCAGGACCUACUCAUUGUCGAAAUCAUACUCUAGAUUUAACACUGUCACAUGGAA